AGAAUCUCAUUCCAUUGUCCACUCUUGAUGAAUGAACAACAUUUUCGACUAGCCAAAACACUUGUCAAUGAUAGUUAUAUGAAGCAAGCAGAAGAAUCCAGAAAGCGUAGAGAGAAACUCAUAAGGAAACUCUUUGCCAAUCGGAAACUUCCAAAGGAUGGAUGGGAUGAGGUGACUAUACGUUUGUUUCUACAAGAGAUUGCCAGUAUGGAUAGCAACAACUUUAUUGGAAAUGUGGGAGCAGGUGAAAGAGAAGCGAGAGUCUUCAGUAACAUCGUUCGAGAAAGAAAUUAUAGUCUAGGACACGGCAUCGGAAGAUCUGGAGAUAUUAGUGCUAUUCAGCCUAAAGCUGCAGGUAGCUCCCUUCUUGCUAAGCUUACAGAAUGUUUGGUUUUGGACGCCAUAAAAAUUGCAGGCUUAGAAUCUAUGAAAGCAGCGCUUGUAGUUCCUGUAGCAACAGGGAUGGCAAUGACUUUAAUAUUUCUUUCUCUAAGAACUUUGAAACCUCAUGCAACCAAAAUUAUAUUAUCAAGAAUAGAUCAAAAGAGUUGUAUAAAGUCCAUCCAAGCUGCAGGAUAUGAAUCAAUAAUUGUUGAUAAUCAUGUUAUUCAGGAUGAAGCUAGGACGGAUAUCAAGUCCAUAUCGAAUUGGCUGGAACUAGAGGCGGAUAAGAUUCUUUGUGUUGUUAGUACUAUGAGUUGUUUCGCACCUCGAGCACCAGAUGAUAUUGUUACUAUUGCUACUUUGUGUCAAACAAUGGGUAAGCGUUUCCUUUUUAAAUUGCUUUCGAAUCUAUAUAUAUAUAUAUAUAUAUAUAUAUGGCUGAAUAUUGUAUGGACAGAUGUAUUUCAUAUCGUGAACAAUGCCUAUGGAGUUCAGAGUAGACAAUCUAAUGUGUGGAUUGAGUCUGCUUCAAGUAAAGGAAGAGUUGAUAUCGUUGUACAAAGCACAGAUAAAAAUUUUAUGGUUCCAGUAGGUGGUGCAGUUUUGGUUGCCAAAAGAGUUGAUUAUCUUAUGAAAGUGGCACAAAUAUAUCCUGGAAGAGCUUCUGCACAAAUACAUAUUGACUUGUUAAUCACACUUCUUCAAAUGGGUCAGUCUACUUGGCGUGAGUUGUUGAGGCAGAGAGAAGAAUUGUUUCCAGUGUUAAAGAAUGAAUUUAGCAAAAUAGCUUAUAAAUAUGGAGAACGUUUAUUAGAUACUCAUCAUAAUCCGAUUUCAAUGGCUAUGACUUUGGACCAAUUAGAAGCAAAAGGAUUUCCUGUAGAAUUCUUUGGUUCCAUGUUGUUUACUAGAUUCGUUUCUGGUACCAGAGUUGUAGCUCGAAAGAAUAACAAGACAAAGGUUUGUGGAAUUGAUUUUCCCGAUGGCUUCGGAGCUCAUUGUACAAAUUAUCCUCAUAGCUAUCUUACUGCUGCUUGUGCUUUGGGAAUGACAAGACAAGAUAUUGUUGCAUUUUGUGAUCGACUCGAUCAAUGUUUUCAAGAGGCUUAUAAGAAAUUGGAAUUGCCUAAGGAUGACACUCGAACAUUUAUGGAUUGAUCAUUUGUUUUAUUUCUUGCGCUUUAUAUUCUAUGUAUAACUUGUGUGGAUUCCAGAAUAGCAAUAUACUUGCAUAAGUGUCUUUCCAGUGAGGAUUCAAAACAACUUAAAGUUUGAGCUACCGUAUAUCCUUUUGACAACAACUUUAAUACAUAGAAUAAUAUUCUGAAAUAUUCGAAUAUAGUUAUCAAA